UGCCAAUGCCCCACACAGGAAGGUGAGACGGAUCUCUGUGUUGCAGUGUGAUGACCCAUGCUGGACGGAAGGGGUCUUUGUGUAGAUAUCAGAGCGAAUCCAGGGCCCAGGUUGGCUGUCAGACACAUGCUGAAACAAUGGGCAGAGGCUGGCCUGAGUGCCCAUUACCAGAGAAGAAGGCCAAGGGGCGCCCCCCAAAGAAAAAUGGAGGGAAAGAAGUGAAGAAUUCAAGCUCAGAACAAGACAGGAAGCUGUAUCCCCUUAGGAGAAGACAAGGUAUGGGUGAAGUGGACGCCCGUAAUUGUCGCGUCGUGUUGACCCGGCUGGAAGAAACCGAGACACAGUCUGCAGAAGGUUCUGGCAGCAGCCCAAAGUCUUUGUCCAAGGGUAACAAGAAACUGAAGAACAGACUUGAUCAGACAAGGGUAAAACCAUGCAAGUACCGCAAGAAGUCCGGAAAACCAUGCCGGGUGAGCCCUGAACCAAAAAACCCCAAACUUGAUGAAUCUGCCUUAUGCACAGCCUCUGUCUUUGAACCUCGUAAACGUAGACUGGCCUCCCUCAAUGCGGAGGCAGUGAACAGCCUUUUGCUUGACAGGGAAGACCCUCAGCAAGCAUCCAGACUUUCAAAGAAGCCACCACAGUCCCCGAAGGGAGAAUGCUCCCUGUCUAAGGAUGUGGCUAAGAACGGCGAUAGCAUGAGAAAGGGGCCGGAUGGUCGGAAACGUUGGCGCGCGGGAGAGAUGGAGCAGUGUGGACGUUCCAAAAAGCAGAAGAAGACCAAGUCUGAAGCGGAGGGCCUUGACCACUUGAGCCUCAACAGCCCUGCACCGAGACGUCUGGCGGGUCUUAACGCGGCCGCGUUGCUGAAGCUAACCAGCACCUCCUCCGGCGCCAAACGCAGAGGUAAGACCGAAGGGAAGCCCGGGGUCGGAGGAGCACGAGGGAAACUGCUGCAGGCGAAAUCCUGCAGGCAGAAGCAGCACAAUCCGCACCAUCAGUCCGUGCAGCAACUUUCGCAAAGGUGCUGCGACCUCUGCAAGAAGGCUUUCCACACGGAGGCUUUGUGGGAAGGGACUGCCGGAAGCCACGGCUUCAUCAGACAAGGGUACCAAUGCAGUUCCUUGCUGGGGUAUUCUCUGAAGCCCGUGAAGGAGGAGAAGACGGAGACCGACGUGAACCCGUGUUACUGCUGUUCCCAAGAGAGAUCGGUGGAGUAUUGUCACAGACUGGCGUUGCUUCUCGGCACAAAAGCCUACUCCGAACCCGAGGAACGUUCCGUCUCGUCCGUCAAAGGGUUCCUCCCGUCUCCGCACGCCUUGUCUCAUCCCACAUUGACCAUCGGCGCCCACCCUUACCCCUGUUACCCCGGUUACUAUGUUCACAUCGCCCAUCACGGCGCCUCUUCGCCACCCAUCAGCAAGAGCCCGCCAGCCUUCGCCCCUUCCUCGGUCACCCCCAUCACGCUGUGCCCCAGUGGGGUCCAGAGACCCAAACUCCUGCCCUCGCCCGUUUCUCACGCGGCCGGGAUCCCCCACCCAGCUUUCUGCAGCUCCGUCGGGACCUGUUACGGAGACCCGUGCAGAAUCGGUACCUGUGCCUACCGGGCGGCGCCGACCCUGAUGAGCCGGAGCUGUUCGUACCAGACUGGGUGCUCCAGCUGCAGCCGCAAGAUCAAGACGGAGGACUGUUCAUAUCCGCUGGAGGAGCACAGCCCAUCUAUCCCAGUUUCCCCUGCUCUGCCCCACUCCGUCUGUCCCAUUCCGAGCGUCCCUCAGGCCACGCAGUCUGUCCCCCACCUGCAGCCGCCCCUGUCCGAUGCCAGCCAGCCUCAGGGACAGUUACGGGUGAUGCGGGAGUGCCCGCAGAGUGCCAAGCCGCCCGGCGGCUCUCGCUCUGCCGUGGGGAGCUCCGCUCUGUGCCCGCACAUCAAGCAGAGCCAGCUGGUACCCAGCCAGGGCAGCGUGGCCGCCAAGCAGCCCAAGAUCAGCCGUCGCCGGGCAACCAACGGCUGGCUCCCGAUUGGCAUGCCGACCGAAAAGGAAGUCUUCAUAGUGGGGGAAGAGUCUCCCGCCUUACGGCAGUGUUACGAGGGCGUCCAGAGGGACGGGGAGAUCAUCAGGGUUCGAGACACUGUGCUGCUUCGCUCCGGCCCCAGGAAGAAGUCCCUCCCCUACGUGGCUAAAGUCUCCGCCUUCUGGGAGGAUCCCGAUUCGGGGGAGCUGAUGAUAAGCUUGUUUUGGUACUACCGCCCAGAACACACUCAGGGGGGGCGCAUUCCCAGCAUGCACUGCGAGAAUGAGAUUUUUGCUUCGCGGCAUCAGGACGAGAACAGUGUCGCCUGUAUCGAGGAUAAGUGCUACGUACUGACGUUAGCACAGUACUGUAGAUUUUGUGCCUUGGUGAAGCGUCAAGAGGAGGGUCUCCCAAAAAGCGUGCCGAUGGUGCCGCCCUCUCAGGAGUACGCUGUCCCGGCUCACCGUCGCGUUCCCGAGAACGUGGACCCCGAGCUCGUUUUCGUCUGUCGCCAUGUUUACGACUUCCGCUACGGCCGUCUUCUCAAGAACCUGCAGUAACACCAGUGAGCAGGGGGCAGCUCCACACACCCCCACCCCACCCCACCCCAUGCAACAUGGAGAUCACACACUGGUAUCAGAGCCCAGAGCGGUCAAGAGAAAUUCACGGUCUUUACGGUUGUGGUCCCC